CCCGGUCACGUGAUCGCAGUAAGAAAUUAAAGUUGAUUUUCGAAGAUGGCGGCUAAUUGGGAUUUUAAUUUUGCUGCUGCUCUCAAAGGCGCCGGCGGUGAGGGGCGCGAUGCCAUCCUAGAACAUGAGAAAGACAGUGGCGUGAAUAGACCAUCAUUGCAUAUAGUUGGACCUAAUGGUCUGACAAAGAUGGACUGGUGGACACACUUUGAAAGUGUUUUUUCUGAAAUGAAUCAAAAGGGAACUAAGUACAUGAAGAUUGAUCCUCAUUUUUCACACCACCAAGAGGUUUUUGCUACUCUCAGAAAACAAAAAAUGCCUGGGUUUGGGCUGAUGUCAAUUCAAGAUUUGAGUCAGUAUAAUCUACUCAUUCUACACACUGUUACCUUGCAAACCAAGGAUAUGUUCAUGCAAAAAUGUCACUCACUUUAUUCCAAGGUCUAUAGACAUAGGAAAUUUGGUAGAAACCAUAUGCCCUGCACUGAGGUGGAGUUCUUUAACAAAUGUCUCAUUGAUUUCAUCAUUUACCAUGGCAACCCAUUGAAGCAUGAGUCUUGGUAUGCCGAUAUGGGGAUGUAUGCAUUAGUGCCGUGGUUCAAUCACAGUUCAAAUGACGACAUAAAACAUCUUGCAGAUAGGUUCAGUCAAGUGGAUCAUCUAAAAGAAUUAGAAAAGAUCUUGGAAGAACGGUUCUUUAAUCUACUCUGUUGCUGGGUUGUAGAUGCUGAGUUUGGCCUCAAGCUCAUCCAUGCGCUGGGUGAACUGAUGCUGGCUUUCCCCGAUUUCGUAACUGGUUUACUUAUAUCUAGGAUCUGUGAAGAUGUCAUCCCGUUUGUGUCACCAUUGGGAAACCCGCUGCCUCAGUACGAAGAGAUUUAUAAUCUAUUUGUUUUUUAUCACUGUGCUGCAAUAAGAAAUUCCAAGAAUGAUGCGUUUAAUGCUCUCCUGGUUUUUCAUCUAUUGUGUGAAUUGAAGUUUAAAGGACAUGAGUCUUUGCUGAUUGUUGAAGAAGCUUUUAAAGAUGAGUUGGUAGAUGUUACUUACGGAGAUUUCACUGGAUUUCUAACUUGUUUGGAUCUCCCCAUUCGCACUAACAAUCCGGGGGUACUGGCUACCCGACCUCAUUGCGGUUCCCAUCUUACACUGAGCAAAGAGGACUUGCAGGAACAGAGAAAAUUUGACCGCAGAUUAAAAUCACAUGAAGACAGGUGUCAACAACAUUGGAAGAAUGACUCGCGUUACAGGAGGUCUGUCAAAGAAAAGUUAGAUGAUGCUUUGAAAAUGGAAGAAAAAGUUGAUGUUUGGCUCAGAAAUUAUAGGGCAGAGAAGAAAAGAAAAGAAGAGCAUUCUAGUGAAGUUAGAACAGAAGUUGCAUCUAAAUUACACUGCUUACCCAAGGUGCGGAAAACUUUCAGGAUACAUUACAAGAAUCCAAAGAUUUGUGCCAAUUGUCUGAAGAUGGAAGGCGAGAGUCUCAAGUUAUUGAAAUGCGGCAGAUGCCAGUCUGUGCACUACUGUGGCAGAAAGUGUCAGAAAAAACACUGGAAAUCUGGUCAUUGUGACAUGUGUAUGAAAAGCUGA